AUGCAAGAACUGACAGAUGAGCAAAGAGAGACGAUCCGGAAGAAUAGAGAGCGGGCCCUUCAGAUCAGGGCGGAGAAAAACAAGCCGCUGACGGAUGAGCAACGGGCGACGAUCGAAAGAAAUAAAGAGCGAGCUCUCCAGAUUCGUGCCGAAAAGGAACGGCAGCGAAAUGAACAACUCAAUUCUGCGCCACCGACAACGAGUUCCGUCAGUCCUCCUACGAAUGCCGAGCUUACGGAUGAACAACGAGAGAGAAUCCGGCAGAACAGGGAACGUGCUCAAAAGAUUCGUGAAGAGAAAUUGAGAAACGCCCAAGCCGGCCCGACUACGAGCCCACCUGCAACUUCUAAUCCGGAGGACCGAAGAGCCAAUGUUUUUUCUAUUUUUGAAAAGGCACAUACGGCGGGCCCUUCAACGAGCACUGGUGACGCAAAUUUGUCGUCCGGAGUCACUAGAACGCCGCCCGUCCCUGCGAAGAAUAUGCCAAAGUCGCGAAUUAGGGUGGUGUUCAAGAUCCAUGAUGAGGAUACGGCGGUGAUCACUUAUAGCCCAUAUCACGAUGCGAUCAAUGAGGCGCUCCGGAAAGUGCCAUCAAGGCGAUUUGAUGAAAAGGCUAGGAAGAAUUUUAUCCUAUUUCGUGAUAUCAAACGGUGCGAGCGCGAACUGAAGGCAUUGCCGAAUGUGGAGGUGACUCUGGACUCGAUUCCUGACGAAAUUUGCCAACUUUUAUGUCGUGAUGACCAUCUCAAGCAAGCUGUGCCCAACGACUUGCGGAAUAUGGUGGAUCCCGUUUUGAUCGACUUCGCCUACGCAUACCAAAAAGAGGGAAUCGCGUUCGGUAUCGCGCGGAAUGGCCGCGUGCUGAUUGCUGAUGAAAUGGGCCUCGGCAAGUCAAUCCAGGCAUUAGGCGUGGCCCGAUUCUUCCGCGCUGAUUGGCCCCUUGUUAUUAUCUGCCCAGCGGCAGUAACAACCACCUGGUCUGACACCGUUCGCCGGUUCCUACCACAAGCUGUCAAAAAGGAGCGCAUCCAUUUGCUGACGAAAAAGCUGGACGAAUUGCCACAGGAUCGCCGCUCAUCGACGGUGAUUAUCAUGAGCUACGAUCAAAUGACUGCUCGGGAAGAUUUGUUGAUCAAAAACCGCUUUCUGACCUAUAUUUUCGACGAAAGCCAUCAGCUCAAGGAAGGCAAGGCGAAGCGAACUAUGGUUGCACAGAAGCUCGCAAAAAUCGCGCAUCACGUUAUCCUGUUGUCUGGGACCCCAGCGUUGUCGAAGCCAGCUGAACUUUUUUCACAGGUUCGGCUCGUCGACCCAACGCUCUUCACGAGAUUCGACGAUUUCGCCAUGCGAUACUGCGAUGCGAAAGAAGGCCCUUUUGGUCUGGAAGCCAAAGGAUGUAGCAACACAGAAGAGCUGACGGCCAUCCUGAAAAAGAGGAUUAUGAUCCGACGAAUGAAAAACGUUGUGCUCAAAACCCUUCCGCCGAAGAAGCGGGAGAUCGUGUUUAUCGAGGAUGGCAAGAUCAAUUUGAAGCUUCAAAGCCUGCAAGAUGCGAAAAACCUAUUCGAGAGUCGUAGAGGUGGCAACGGUGGCGACGUUUUCUCGAAAGGCAGCGGAGCGUUUGACAGUUUGAUGCAGUAUUAUCAGGAAACUGGAAUCGCGAAAGCCGCUGCCGUGUCUGAGCAUGUCAUCCGCACCUAUUUCCCCGAUUUCGAAAACGGCGUUCGGCCGAGUCGGAAGGUGCUCAUCUUCGGCCAUCAUCAUAUUGUCCUUGACACCCUGGAACACGAGGUCAAGUCGCGCGGAAUUGGAUAUGUUCGCAUCGACGGGCAUACGCCGCAGCAACAACGAGGGUUGAAUUGUGACCGCUUUCAGAAUGACGACGACUGUCUGGUAGCUGUGUUGUCAACCACGGCCGCUGGCGUCGGAAUCACAUUGACUGCAGCCUCGAUCGUCGUCUUUGCCGAGCUUCACUGGACACCGGGAACAUUGCAACAAGCCGAGGAUCGGGCCCAUCGCGUCGGACAGCUACACGAAGUACAGGUCCAGUACCUAAUCGCCAAGCACACGGCCGACGACUACAUCCUGCCAAUCCUCGAGAAGAAAAUGAGCAUCCUGGACCAGGUCGAGCUCAAUUCGGAGAACUUCCAAGAUGCAACCCGGCGCCACGAAAACGUUAAUCGUGGACAGGUGAAGCGCCCACUGACCGACUGGCUCGGCGAGGCUCCUGCAGUUCCGCCAAAGAAGGAUGCCAUUGACCCCAUGUCCGAGAAGAAGAGCCUGUGCGAUGGCGAGAAGCAGCCCGAAGAAAUGCCCGCGAAGCCGAAAAGGCGUUUUAUGAUGUCCGUACCGCUGCUAACGAAACCGAUUUUGAAGCGACAGCAGACGGUGGAUCGCCCCUGUGAAAUGGACCUCUUGCCGCCAACCACACCCCCAUCCUCUACCGAGAGGAGCAAGAAUAAUAGCGAAUCCGAGCCGACAAAUCAUGGAAAUGAGCCCGUCCUCCCACCCAUCUCCAGGCCGUCUCCGAGCGCCGGGCAGUUUCAUGGCGCCACGCAUCUCUCGCCCAGUUCCUCGUUCCGCGCCAACAGACCGACUAACAUCAUCAUCAAGGACCCGCUCGCCAAUCGUCUGGCGGCGUUCUCA